AUGGCAACUGAUAUCGACGCCCAGCAGCAACACUAUUCAAAGAAAGACCUCAACCCCAACCCACUCGACGAUUACCCCAACAUUGAAGAAUGCAAACAUAGCUCCGCAAAUGGCGUCCUCGAAGCUCUUGGAUACGAGCCCGAGCUAGUUCGAAACCGCUCCACCCUUCAAGUGGCGUUCAUGUCCUUUGUCCUCGCCGCUAUCCCAUACGGGCUAGCCACAACAUUCACAUACCCUCUCGUUGGAGGGGGUCCUGUGAAUAUUAUCUGGGGAUGGCUUGCCGUGUCUCUGAUAGUUCUUUGUGUGGCCGUCUCUCUCGGCGAAAUCACAUCGGUCUAUCCAACCGCCGGUGGAGUCUACUAUCAGACAUUUAUGCUCUCCCCGCCUUCAUAUCGAAGGAUUGCUUCCUGGAUCUGCGGGUGGUCGUAUGUUGUUGGUAACAUUACUAUUACACUCGCGGUAAAUCUUGGGAGUACUCUGUUCUUCGUAUCGUGCAUUAACGUUUUUGAGUCUUCUCCUGGAGUUGGUGUUUUUGAGGCAGAGACAUAUCAGGUCUUUCUUAUAUUCCUUGCUGUCACGUUCCUCGCUAAUGCAGUCUCGGCUUUCGGAAACAAAUGGCUUCCCUACCUUGAUACGUUCGCAAUUUUCUGGACAUUUGCCGGAAUUCUUGCUAUCAUAAUCUGCGCUCUUGCAAUUGCAAAAGACGGCAGACAUGAUGCCAAUUAUGUCUUCACCAGUUUUGAACCUCAGUCCGGUUGGCCCGCUGGGUGGUCUUUCUGCGUUGGGCUUUUGCAAGCUGCUUACACUACUUCAUCCACGGGAAUGGUUAUCUGUAUGUGUGAAGAGGUCCAGCAGCCCUCAACACAAGUUCCGAAAGCGAUUGUCGGAACAGUCAUCCUAAACACAUUGGCCGGAUUUUUGUUUCUCAUUCCAUUGGUCUUCGUGCUCCCUGAUACAAAAGUAUUAAACGCCCUGCAGUCUGGACAACCGGUGCCAGCUAUUAUAAAGUCCGCCAUUGGAAGCCCGAUUGGAUCAUUCUUGCUUCUCGUCCCUCUAGUUGUGCUCUCUCUGCUCUGCGUGAUAGGCUGCACCACAGCUGUUUCACGAAGUACGUGGGCAUUUGCUCGAGACGGCGGUAUUCCCGGAUCAAAGUGGUGGAAACAAGUAAACAAAGAUGGUGUCCCGUUCAAUGCGAUGAUGCUCGGCAUGGUGGUGCAGAUCCUGCUCGGCUUUAUCUAUUUUGGAUCGACGACUGCAUUUAAUGCUUUCACCGGAGUUGGUGUCAUAACUUUGACACUCAGCUAUGCUUGCCCGAUUGCUGUAUCUCUUGCGGGUGGCCGAAGACAGGUUAAAAACGGACAAUUCAAUUGUGGCACACUCGGCUUGGUUUGCAACGUUGUUGCUUUGGCUUGGAGCAUUCUUGUAAUUCCGUUGUUUUGUAUGCCUGCAUCUAUUCCUGUAUCCGCAAACACCGUCAAUUACGCACCGGUCGUUUUUGUUGCGUUUAUUCUGAUUGCCUCUGCCUGGUACUGGGCUUGGGGGUAUGAGAAAUAUGCCGGACCACCUACAAUGGAGGAUGAUUUCUAUCCAAACCAGUCA